AUGUCUGGGAACAAAGAGCGGCCAGAAAACAAUCUAUUUUUAUCACUUGGUUCUACUUUUAAGUUAUUAAACCUUUUGAACUCCUGCAAUUUAAAGAUGAACCCAACACUAAGAAUAGCCCAGGACUCUGCAAAGCCAGGUACCAGGGAUUCCUUUGUUGGUUGGUCUCCUUGGACUGAAGAGAGGGAGGGUGCAAGGCCAAGACUGUUAAGGAUUCUCAAAAUGGUUUAUUACCCAGAGCUUUCUGUCUGGGUCUGUCAAGAACCAUUUCCAGACAAGGAAAUGGAGGGAAGGCUUCCUAAGGGAAGACUUCCUGUCCCCAAGGAAGUGAACCGCAAGAAGGCUGGCGAGAUGGGGGCUGCCUCCCUGACUCCACUUGGCAGCAAUGAACUCCACUCCCCAGGAACCAGUUACCUCCACUCUUUUUAA